AUGAUCAUCCUGUUGCACUGCUUCACAUGUGUCAAGAUCAUGGCCAACAAGUGGGAGGCAGACCUGGGCCUGCUGAAGGUGGAGUACACCAAAGGGGAUGCCCUAGAAUCACUGGGCCUGAAGUGCUACUGCUGCCAUCAGAUUCUGCUGGCCCACAUGGACCUGAUAGAGAAGGUUCUGAACUAUCCAUCCCUGGAGAAGUGA